GUUUUAGUUGAUUUUUUAAUACGUACAGCCGUAGAUUAAAUACGCGACCGGUCGCCACCGACACCAUAAAUCCCGCGCUGCCGCACAGACGACCGCGGACCGUCGACGCCGACGACAUAUUUACCUGACAGCCGCCACCUGCAGCCAGGGGGUGCGUUUCGUUCGAAUAUCGUCGAAUACACCGUCGUACAUAUAACGAGAGCGAGUGCGCGUUUGUGACCGCCGCCGCAACAGAAUAACCCGAUAAUAAUAAUAAUAAUAAUAACACACGAAACCGUGUGUGCACAAUUAUUAUUAUUAUUAUUACCAUAACAUUAUAUAGUGUUCGGGGGGGUUGCCGCGCGCGCGUGUGAGCUCGUGUGUGUUACUUUCGAUUUCUACGACGCGCGUCGACGACGACGAGACAUAAGACGCGUGCGUUUCGGAAAACCCGUUCCGCGUACGCGUGUGUGUGUGUGUGUUCGCGUGCCAACAACGAGCGUGUGUGCGCGUGUGUCUGUGCGCAUAGUGCAAUUCGAAACAUAAGCACAUACCCGAUAGAUAGAUUAUUCGCGUUUUGACCGACGCCGUUGCGGGUUCCGUGUGAUGUGGUGAGUGUUCGCGCGCAAACGAUGGCAGCAACGAUCGCAUCAGUCGAAACGGAACAGAUCAAGCAGGAGAUCGCGUCCGUCGUCGAAGAAAAACAGAGUCCAGUAGAGACCACACCGGAGACCGCCGGAGACCGAGACUUCACCGAAGAGGUCGUAGCGCCACUGCCCGCUACCAAGACAACCGCCCCGUUGCCGAUCGUCGGCAAGGCAUUUGAUCUGAAGCGCGCCAGCGUGUCGUCCGUAGACAGUGACAUAUCGCUAUCGUACGACGCGGCGCCGUUUUACCCGCGUUCGUUGAGUCGAACCGGCGGCAUGUCGUCUGCCAACAACUCGAGCGGAUCGGGCACCGACGACGGUGGCCGACACCACUCGGCCGCGUCCGCCGCCGCCGGAAUUAACAACACGGAUUCGUCCGACUCGGCGUACGAGGGCGGUCAGCUCAAGUCCGGCGACGAGUCCACGCCGUUCGUGGCACCCGACGAAGAGACCACCAAGCGCAUACUCGACCAGGUGGAAUUUUACUUCUCAGACGCGAACAUCGUCAAAGACGCGUUCCUGCUGAAGCACGUCCGCCGCAACAAGGAAGGAUACGUGUCUCUGAAGCUUAUUUCGUCGUUCAAGCGGGUGAAACACCUGGCCAAGGACUGGCGGGCCGUCGCAUACGCCAUAACCAGGUCUGAGAAACUGGAGGUGAACGAAUCCGGAACGAAGCUGAGGCGUAAGGAGGCUCUGCCCGCGUACGACCAGACGACGCCCUCCCGGACCGUGGUGGCCAUCAACCUGGCCGAGGAGAAGCCGGUGACCAUCGAGUCGGUGGCCGAGCUGUUCCGCGGCUGCGGUGAGAUCGCGCUGAUCCGCGUGCUCCGUCCGGGCAACCCCAUACCGUCGGACGUCCGUCAUUUCGUCAACAAACAUCCGGAGAUGGGCAGCAACGUAAGCGCGUUGAUCGAGUUCGUGCGCACUGAGUCUGCGCACAACGCGAUGAGCAAAGACUGGUCAUCGGAAAAGGCCAAGGACGGGCAGUCCAUGUGCGUGCUCGAGCUCAACGCUCCCGCGUCCAAGAAAAAGGCCACGGCGGCCGCCAAGAAGUCGCCGAUGAACCGGCUGUUCGACUCUGAGUACUCGUCGUCGUGCCAGAGCGGUUCCGAGGCGGAAGACAGGCAAAAGAUGCGCAUGCAGCGCAAGGUGUCGGCCAACACGCUCAUGCGGUCCGACUCGUCGUGGAACCAGCGCAGAUGGUCCAGGGACUCGGGUACCGACAGCUCCGCGUCCGGGUACUCGCGACGUGAUUCGUACGUAUUGCCGCCGCAGCACCACAUGCAGCAGACCGGCGAUUACGGCCACAACAGGCGUAUGUCGUCCGGCUGGGACUCCAGUUCGGAGAGCUAUUACUCGGGCCGUUCGCGUUCCAGCAGCGGCGUGUCCAUACCGGAAACAUUCGGAAUGCGCCGCUUCUCUUUGGCCAACAGCCGUGGCCCGGAACAGCAACAACAGCAACCGUGCUGUUGUUGCGGCCAUAAUCAGCCGCCGCCGCAACAGCAACAGCAACAGCCUAUGGCCAUGCGCAGACACUCGACACAGGACAACGGCCAUCACUACGACAUGAGGCGGUGCAGCAGCAGCAGCAGCAACAGCGGCGGCGGCGAGAUGAUGAUGCGCAAGGACUCGACGUCGGAGUUCUGUUGCGGCAGCCAACCCCGGGACGGAUUCCACAACUGGUCGCGCAAGAGCAGCUCGUCUUCGAUGGGCGAAGGCGGCAUGGGUCGUCGCCUGUCCGUCGACUCCGAUUCGUCGGGCGGCAGGGGACGCAGGCCCAGUUUGGGCCUCGUGACGCCAGACAACGUGGUAAGGAUGCCCAAGGGCCCGGACGGUUGUGGCAGCCGCGGUUUCCAGCGAGAACCGAUGUUGGAUUCCACUCUUUAUGAGUGAACAGCCGAACGAAGACGACACGAUAACGAUUAAGAAUAAUAUUUUAAUAUUAUCGUUAAAAUUAUAAUUAUUAUUUAUUAUUAUUAACGUAUAAUGCAGCAACGACGUGGAUUUUAGAGAACCGAAGCAAG